UUUGCUUGUCCUCGCGAUGAAUUUGCCCCUCAAUCCCAAACCUUUCCUCAACGGAUUAACAGGAAAGCCAGUAAUGGUGAAACUUAAGUGGGGAAUGGAGUACAGAGGCUACCUGGUAUCUGUAGAUGGCUAUAUGAACAUGCAGCUUGCAAACACAGAAGAAUACAUAGAUGGAGCCUUGUCUGGACACCUGGGUGAAGUUUUAAUAAGGAGUAAUAAUGUCCUUUAUAUCAGGGGUGUUGAAGAAGAGGAAGAAGAUGGGGAAAUGAGAGAAUAGCAUCUUUUGUGGGAAAUUUCUUUUUAUAUAUAUUUCUAGAAAAUAAAAAAUUGUUUUUUCAAAAAAAA